CCUGGUUCUACAUAUUAUAUAUGCCCAUAUAACAAACUGCAUAAAAGAACAAAAAUUGAAAUUUGCACCAACUUUGCCUCAGACUUCGACUCUGCUUUAGCUAACAUCAAACCCUCAUCUUUCUCGCUCGCGGACCUACAACCAGUACCAUUUAAGUUCACUUGUUUCUCCCCAUUCAAGGGGAAAGAAAUGCCGCUGGGGCUGAUCUUAGGUUUAGGAAGGAUUAUGCGGAGAAAGCGGACAUCAUCACUUGACAUUCUCUCUUCAAAGAGAGGACCACGGGAUUACUACAAGGGGAAGAACUGCAAGCCAACUGGUUUUCAUACUCGCAAAGGUGGGUACGUUGUGGUGAAUGAAAAAUUACCAAAUUAUGUUGUCCUUGAUUAACCAAUUUCAAGCUAAAGCCAUAUGCCUCGCAGUGCCAAAGAUAAGUUCAAGCUACAGAGGCAGCUGAUUCACCCAAAUAAGCCAAUCUUUUGCAUAGUCUUUCGGCUGACUACUUGCAUUUUGGUGGUGAUGAAGGACAAUUUUAUUAUCUUUUACAGAAACACCCAAACAGUUAUGAACCUUAUUUUGAAAUAGGGACACAUACUUACAUGUAGAAGGUUUCUUUCAGGGAAAAUUUAAUAAAUGACAACUUCUUUUGGAUACAUUACAAA